CGCAACCCGCAACACUCGUUGGACGAUCUUCCGACAAUUGCAAUUAAGACUUGCAACCUUUGAACAGUGCAAUGUACACGCUGAUCACUGGACUCUAUAAGCAGUGGACACAAAAGGAAGAGUUCUACGUUAUCAUAUUGGGGCUGGAUAAUGCCGGGAAAACGACUCUUUUGGAGCGUAUAAAGUCGAUAUAUUUGGGGGUAGCUGGUCUUCCUCCAGAAAAGAUCGCGCCGACCGUUGGUUUAAACAUCGGAAAGGUUGAAAUCAAUAACACCCGCUUAAAUUUUUGGGAUCUGGGUGGACAGCGAGAACUUCACAGCAUCUGGGAGAAAUACUAUUCCGAAUGUCACGCCAUUGUUUUUGUAGUUGACGCUACCGAUAAGGAGAGGAUUGAAGAGGUUAAGGAGACAUUUGAGACCGUGAUCACGAAUGACACAGUCGAGGGUGUCCCAGUACUCAUGCUUGCAAACAAGCAAGAUGUCCCGUCAGCUCUAAAAGUGCACGAAAUCAAAGAAAUUUUCAACCCGAUUGCUCUGCGACUUGGCGCAAGGGACAGCAAAGUACUGCCGGUGUCGGCUUUGAAGGGGGACGGCGUGCAGGAAGCAGUAGAUUGGUUGUUUGUUCGCCUUCAGCGAAACAGAACAAAUAGGCCGCCCAUCUUCAGGAAUUAAAGUAGUAUAUGAUUAUGGAAUGGUCAGACCCUAUACCAUUAUGAUUUUAUUUCUACGCUUUUUUCCUUUGGAUUCAGUAUUUACAUUUUCCUCCUUUUGGCGGUAACAACCACCGCUUAUCCC